AUGGCGCCUCUUAUCCCCCGUCUGCACCUAUUCGAGAUUGACGACCAGUCGUGGUUCCCGCCAUACCUGCGUGCUCGCGUCCAAGAUGGCCUCAUGCACGCCUGGAUCUUCUACCUGCCAAUCCUUCAGCCUUGCAGUCCCGCAACCCUCGUGGCGAACGUACUGCAGCGCAUCCUCGGCUCGUCGAUAUCCAAGUUCGCCUUCAUCGACUUCUGCGCCGGCGCCGGCGGCCCGACCCCGUUCAUAGAACGAGCCCUCAACGCGUCGCUUUCCAAGCCUCGACCGGGUGCCGCGCCCUCGAACACCGAUGCUGCCUCCAAAGACACGCCCUCGUACGCGGCUGUGGCAGCUGAGAGUAACGGGGUACCAGAAGGAGCUGUGGACUUUGUCCUGACGGACCUACACCCGCAUCCCGAGUCCUGGGCCGUAAUCGCAAAGCAGUCCGCCCAUAUAACCUAUGAGCCUUCGUCUGUGGAUGCAGCAAACGCACCUCCAGGCCUGGUCGGUAGAUAUAAGAGCGCGGGAAAGAAGGUGUUCCGCCUCUUCAACCUGGCUUUCCACCACUUUGACGAUCCCUUGGCGCGGGCUAUCUUGAAGAACACGGUCGAGAGCAGCGAUGGGUUUGGCAUCUUUGAGCUGCAGGAUCGCUCCAUCGGCAGCUUUAUAACGUGUUUCCUGUAUGGCGUCUUCAUAUUGUUGGUUGCGCCCUUCUUCUAUUGGUGGAGCCCGACAAGGUUGUUUUUCGUGUACCUGUGCCCGAUCAUUCCGUUCGUCCUUGUCUUCGAUGGCUUGAUUUCGUCCUUGCGCACGAGGACUCCGGACGAGGUCGAGGUCCUGCUGCGCACGUGUGGCACCAAUACCGAUGAUUGGGUGAUCGAGAGCGGAAGGGAGCGGUUCCUGUGGCCUACAGGCUACCUGAACUGGAUCGUCUGUACAAAGAAGCAACGAGGGACUUGA